AUCAAAACCAUAAAUUUCACACACACUCGAGUGUUCUUUAAUACUUCCAUUGAAUUUCAUUGAAUUCCAUUGAAUUCCAUUGAAUAUAAUUUAUACAUUUCUAUAUCGAAAUUAUUGGAUUACGGCAUCAAAAUAGGUACCCGUUUGCGUGAAAUCAAACCUCUUAAAAACAACAUGAUUUUUAUUGAUGACUCAGAACCGGAAGGGGUACUUGAACCGACCUUUCCAUAUCGUGAUGUGACCAUAAAACGCGGCGUUGAUGCAAACGAACAGUUUGAAAUACUCAGCGAAGUUGGCAGAGGGAAGUUCGGCACAGUCUACAAAUGCAAAGAGAAGUGCAGUGGCCUUAAAUUAGCCGCAAAGUUUGUGCCCAUUCCUAAGCGUGAAGACAAACGAAAUGUGGAGCGUGAAGUAGAAAUAAUGAAUUCCCUACAGCAUCACUUGAUAAUACAGCUCUACGCCGCGUUCGAGUACCAGAAGAUGAUGUGUGUUGUGCUGGAAUUAGUUGAAGGUGGUGAACUUUUCGAUCGUGUGGUCGACGAUGAAUUUGUACUUACAGAACGAGUAUGUGUAGUCAUCAUUCGACAAGUUUGUGAAGCUAUGGAGUUCAUACAUCGAAACAAUAUACUUCAUUUGGAUCUCAAGCCAGAAAAUAUAUUAUGCCUCACUCAAGAGGGCAAUCGCAUUAAAAUAAUAGACUUUGGCUUGGCACGAAAAUUUGAUCCUGACAAAAGGUUGCAAAUUCUUUUCGGUACUCCCGAAUUCGUCGCUCCGGAGGUUGUGAAUUUCGAUUGUAUCUCAUACGGCACGGAUAUGUGGAGCGUCGGUGUUAUUUGCUACGUGCUUAUUUCAGGACUUUCACCAUUUAUGGGCGAAACAGACAUAGAAACAAUGGCAAAUGUAACAAUUGCCAAAUAUGAUUUUGAGGAUGAAUCCUUUAGUAAUGUUUCCCCUGAGUGCUUGGAUUUCAUAGCAAAAUUAUUAGUAAAAGACUUAAGCAUACGUUUAACGGCCGCACAAUGUUUGGAGCACACAUGGUUACAACGUAGACCCAAAACAAGUCCUAAACUGUCACCGAAAGCAACAAAUAUAUCAGCAACAAAACUUAAGGCUCCCACUCCAUCUCCAAUACUAGAACAAAAUGAUUCGGAAGAUGAUGAAGAGGAAAGUGAGCAUGAAAAUAACGUUGAAAAUUUAGUUGAAGAAUGUAGCGAUUUAAUGGCAGAAUCCAAUAUCAAUGAAACUAUAGAUGAGACAAAAGAAUUGGACACGACAAAAGACAAUCUUAAGAACUUCAUAGAGCGUUGGGAGGAACAUCCCAACAGCCCGUAUGUGUUCGAUGUAGAAGCCAAUGUCAUUGCGCCACUGAGCGAGACACCAUACAAGAAACCACAUGCAGCCGACAGCGUAACAUCCUCACGAGUUUGCUCGCCAUCACCGUGUGAAUCGAUAGGUACUAUAACAGAUGAUGAUGUCUUCGGCAGCAACGACGAAGCAAACAAUAACAACAGUGAUAGUCCGAGUACGGUGGCUACUCCAAUAAAUGAAUCCCGUGAAAAGAUCUUCCCUCUCACAACUCAAACAACAGUAACAAAUCCAGCUUCGGAUUCAGCUACGCCGACUCCAACGCCGCAACAUACCUCACAGCAUGUAUUCGCGAACAACUUUGACGAGUUUGGCAGCGAAAACCUACAACAACGCAGCAUUAAGAGUUAUUUACAUACAUUCGACAGACGUAAUUCAGAUACAAAUUAUCUGACAGGCCGCCGCUCAUCUGGAGAGCGCGUUAAUUUAGCAGAUGAAAUACGCAAGCUCUCUGAUCAUUUACUUAUGUUAGCUGAAAUUAACACGAAAUUCGGUGGCGAAACCAAGAAGGGAAGCACUUCCAAAACGAGUGAUAGCAACAACAAUAAAACUGAAAGUGUUAAGUCAACACAUAAAACAAAGACUAGCACUAAAGCAAAAUCAAGUAGUAUAACAGCAAUCAGUAAAACAUUUUCGAACAACACCAUAUCCAGCACAUCUACUGGAUCCACUUCAGUCAAUACUUUUUCAGCCAUCAAUAGUCAUAAAGGUGAUAACAUCUCAAAGAUUAGUAAAAUAUCUAUGCGUUUACAACAAUCUAUUGAUGAAACACCCACACUUACCAAUGGCAAGACUACAACCUGGAAGAGUAGCAAAACUUCAAGUGUGAGCACAAUGUCAACCGGUAACACUACAACAAAAUCGCUUACUUCAAAUACUUCGAGUACGUCCUCUGAGUCGGCCAGCACGCGACGGGCCAAAUUUCGUAUAAAUCAAAUGAGUCGGGAUGUACCCAUUGGGUUGCCCAAUACACAUCAAGCUGUGAAUCUAGAAGAGGCAGCAAAUACUACUAAAGAUUGUCUAUUACAUUUACUUGAGAAAUAUAACGAAACGAAAUGUCGUAACCCAAUGGGUCGUCACCAAAGCAUCAGUGUUGACUGGAAUGUAAGCGAUAAUUUGGAAUAUCGGUCUAUGAGCUCCAUAAACGCCUUCUUUCAAAGACAUAAUAAUUCACAGGAAAACGUUAGACUAUUACAGGCACAGCUAGAAGGUAAAACCACAGCGACGGGGAAAACAAAUGGUUCAUAGAAAUUAGAAAUUAUAAAUUGUGUUAAACUUUUUUGUUGAGGUUCCUCAUUUUGAAAAAUUAAUUUAAUAAUUUCUUUUUAUUUGUUAUUUAUUUAUUUAUUUGUUAAACUGUAGAUUAAACAAUAUAAAUUCAAUUUAUUAGCACUGGAGUAUACUCUCAUUUGUAUAAAGAUUAUAAAAUAUAUAGAACUCUGACGUGCAGUUUCUGCACCAUUAACUUUUUAAUUAUUUACUGUAUAAUGCA